CCGAAUUAUCUUCCACUUGUUCAUCAAGAUGGAAAGCUCAGAUUCUAAUGAUAAAGGAAGUGGUGAUCAGUCUGCAGCACAGUGCAGAAGUCAGAUGGACCAAUUGGAUCGGGAAGGCUAUCAAUUUGUAAAUAACCUGAGUGAAGAAGGUUAUAGACUUAUGAGGGAUAACAAUUUGCUAGGCACCCCAGGUGAAAGUACUGAGGAAGAGUUGCUGAGAAGACUACAACAAAUUAAAGAUGGCCCAGCACCACAAAACUCAGAUGAAAACAGAGGUGGAGACUCUUCAGAUGAUGUGUCCAAUGAUGACUCUAUAAUAGACUGGCUUAACACCGUCAGACAAACUGGAAAUACAACAAGAAGUGGUCAAAGAGGAAACCAGUCUUGGAGAGCAGUGAGCCGGACUAACCCAAACAGUGGUGAUUUCAGAUUCAGUUUAGAGAUCAACGUUAACCGUAAUAAUGGGAGUCAAAAUCCAGAGAAUGAAAAUGAGCCAUCUGCAAGACACUCUGGUGGAGAAAAUACAGACAACAGCAGCCAAAGGCACGUGGAAAAUCCACGAUCUGAAUCAACAUCUGCAAGACCCCCUAGAUCAGAACGAAAUUCAACUGAGGCAUUAAUGGGAGAAGUCGCAUCCACCAGAGGUCAGAGAAGGGCAAGAAGCAGGAGCCCAGACCAUCGGAGAACCCGAGUGAGAGCUGAAAGAAGUAGGUCACCUCUGCAUCCAAUGAGUGAAAUUCCACGGAGAUCUCAUCAUACUAUCUCAUCUCAGACUUUUGAGCAUCCUUUGGUAAAUGAGACUAAGGGAAGUUCUAGAACCCGACACCAUGUGACAUUGAGACAGCAAAUAAGUGGACCUGAUUUGCUAAGUAGAGGUCUUUUUGCAGCUUCUGUAACAAGAAAUGCCUCACAAGGAGCAGGUUCUUCAGACACAACCAGCAGUGGUGAAUCUGCAGGAUCAGGACAGAGACCUCCAACCAUAGUCCUUGAUCUGCAAGUAAGAAGAGUUCGUCCUGGAGAGUACCAACAGAGAGAUAGCAUAGCUAGCAGAACUCGGUCAAGGUCUCAGACACCAAACAAUACUGUCACUUAUGAAAGUGAACGAGGAGGUUUUAGGCGUACAUUUUCACGUUCCGAACAGGCAGAUGUGAGAACCUAUGUCAGUACCAUCAGAAUUCCAAUUCGUAGAAUCUUUAAUACUGGUUUAAGUGAGACUACAUCUGUUGCAAUUCAGACCAUGUUAAGGCAGAUAAUGACAGGUUUUGGUGAGUUAAGCUACUUUAUGUACAGUGAUAGUGAUUCCGAGCCCAGUGGCUCAGUCUCAAGUCAAAAUGUGGAAAGGGCAGAGUCAUGGAAUGGAAGAGGGGGUUCUGGUGGUAGUAGCAGUUCUGGUUCCAGUUCCAGUUCAAGUUCAAGUUCCAUCAGUUCCAGUUCCAGUCCUAGCUCCAGUUCUAGUGGUGAAAGUUCAGAGACUAGCUCAGAGGUGUCUGAAGGCAGUAAUGAAGGAAGCUCAUCAUCAGGCUCAUCAGGUGCCAGACGAGAGGGUCGACACAGAGCCCUGGUAACAUUUGAUGAAAGUGGCUCUUUGCCCUUCCUUAGUCUGGUUCAGUUUUUCCUCUUAAAUGAGGAUGAUGAUGACCAACCUAGAGGACUCACCAAAGAACAGAUUGACAACUUGGCAAUGAGAAGUUUUGGUGAAAACGAUGCAUUAAAAACCUGUAGUGUUUGCAUUACAGAAUACACAGAAGGCAACAAACUUCGUAAACUACCUUGUUCCCAUGAGUUCCAUGUCCACUGCAUCGAUCGCUGGUUGUCUAAGAAUUCUACCUGUCCUAUUUGUCGCAGAGCAGUGUUAGCUUCUGGUAACAGAGAAAGCAUUGUGUAA